UAGUAAUACCCAACACAUUCAUAAAACAAAGCUGUUCGAAGAGUAGCCUAGUACCUUGUGCUGGGUACCAUGCUGGGGAUUCUUGUCCUAUUGCUCUUGCCAUACUUGGCCCGCAGCUGCCCUGUCCAUUGUGAGUGUUAUUUAGACGUGGCCGUCCGGUGUGUUGGCCCCAAGAUCACGGACGUGCCAGGACAGAUGCCUUCCAACAUGACCCUGCUGCAGCUCAACGUCACCGACAUUAACGUCCUGAACAAAUGGAGCCUCCAAAACAUGAGCCUCUUGUUGCGUUUCAGCCUGAUUCAAGGCCCUCUCCAUACCAUCCACCCGCUGGCCUUUUACACCACCCCGCAGCUCAGGUCCAUCAAACUCUCCCUCAACAAACUCGUGGCCCUCCCCGGCAAGGUGUUCAGUCCACUGGCUGACCUGGAGCAGCUCCUCCUCGACGCCAACCGACUGGAGUCGAUCCCUUCGGAGAUGCUCAGAGGACUGACUAGACUGCAGCAUCUGGAACUGAGCAGCAACCAGAUCUCCCGUCUGGACCCGGGGGUUUUCGAUGGACUGAGCAGCCUCACUUUCCUGAACCUCGGUGGGAACCUUAUCAGCGCCCUCGCCCCUGGGACCUUCCGUUCGCUGACCGCCCUGCGCCGGCUCAUGCUCUACACCAACCGGCUGGAGGUGCUGGGGGACGACGCCCUCUUUGGUCACCUCCCCGAGCUCGUCGAUCUGAAAAUCCACAACAACCACAUCACACGCCUCGCGCCCAAGGUGUUCUGGUCCCUGGGGAAGCUCUCCUUACUCACUUUAUCAGGCAACCGGCUCCAGGAGGUCCCAGAGAAGAGCUUCUACCACAUGCCACUACUAGUAAAACUAACCCUCUGGACUAACCCGCUGCGGUCCCUCCCGGCACGUUUGAUGGGCCACACACCUUUCAUGCAGGAGUUUUAUCUGUUCAGCACUGCACUCGCCACCGUUCCAGGGAAUCUGUUUGCCAACAUGACCGGCCUUUUGCGCCUUAACCUCCAUCUCAACUCACAGCUGCAGGUGCUACCGGCUGAGCUGUUUCACGACCUUCCCAAGCUUAAAAAACUCUCGAUUAAGGGCAAUGAUCUCCGCACCCUACACCCAGACCAGUUCUCCAACCUCGCCUCGCUGUCCGUUCUGAACCUCAAUGACAACAAGCUCAGGUCCCUGCCCAGUACCAUCUUUCAGAAUCUGAAGGUGGUGUCUGCAAUUGAUCUGAAAAAUAAUGAGCUGCAGACCCUCCCGGGAAAGAUUUUCCACUCCAAUGGAGUCUUAGCGAAACUCUCUCUGACAGACAAUCGGUGGCACUGCGACUGCCAGAUAGAAGGUCUGGCCUACUGGCUCAGAGCCAAUAAACAGGUGCUUGAUGACAAGGAUGUGAUGUGUCAGAGCCCCUUGUUCCAAAUGCUUCGACCACUUUGGUCUCUGGGUGAGAGGGACUUUUAUGCGUGCAUUCCUCUAGCAGUCGGUUACUUUCCUAGACAGAGAGGGAGUCAGACUAAAAUAUCGACCCCUCGUCAAUCUCCAGCACUGACGACCUACCAACCGAGUACUUCACACUCUACGACGUUCCCAUUGGCCAGCUCCACCCCCGCCUCAACGGCCCGGCCUCCUCGGAUAACAACCACAGCGUCCACCACUGCGUCCACCACCGCCGCCGCCAGCAUCUCCCCUGAAGCAUCAUCAGCUCCUCCCAGCAUUCCAAGCAUUUCCAUGGAACACCACUCUCGUCCUUUCUAUGAUAGGCUGGUGCUUGAGCAAGGGCCCGAGUUCGUGCACCACCACCACCAUCAGGGCUGGGUCUCUGUGUGGACUCUUCCUUUGGACGCGGCCCAUCUUGGGCUCCUCAUGACCGGCCACAUCCUGCUGAUGGUCACCGGGGCACUGCUAAUCUUUGCUUCCAUGUGCGGGAUGUACCGCUUGGAGAAGGUCAUGCAAGAGCUAUGGGUGGAGGACAAAGAUGGCCGACGUGCACUGUGAAUAAUGAUUGAGGGAAAACACGCACGCCAGCUUCUUAAGAGGUCCCUUAGUAAACAGUGUGAAGAAAUAUGCUAGAAGAUGUAAAUAUUUCGGCAGCAUUUCAAUAAAAUUACGUUGAAUAUCUGUUACUGUUUAAUCCAUUUAUCGCCAUUAAAAAGGCAUACACAUAAGCUUUAGUAUAUGUACUGCAAUAUAAUGUUUUGCCUUUAGUUAUUCUUCUUAUUCUAGUUAAUUCGUUAUUCGUUUCAUUUUUCGUAGAAAUCAAGUGACGUGUAACAAUAACCUGCCGUUCAUUUUUCAAAUAAUGAUAAUACAAAACAUUAUGAUUAAUGAUAAAGGAUGUUCUUUCCAAAUGAAUCAUCUAAGAUAGAAGAGCAGUGGAAUCCACAGAGCAGGAAGCCCAAAGGUUGAAAAAGAAUGUCGUUUCUGAGAAGCAUACAUUUCUGGAUAGAGGCUGUGUCCCUGACUCCCUGUUUUUCCAAAAAUCCUCCCGCUCCAACCCACACCACAGCACUGUGUUUAAAGUCCACUUAAAAGGAGCAAACACUUCUCUUUGUAUAUUUAGAGAUCCAAUUUUUAAGUAUCCGUGUUGUAUUUAUGAUGGCUGGAGUUGCAAAACAGUAAACAGUUUUCAAUUUUUUUUUUUAAAGAUUAAUAAAAAAUGUAUUGCUACAAGGAGGGAAGAUAUCUAAAAUGAUAAUAUCUUAAGGCACAUAUAAACACAUUGCAACACACACACACACACACACACACACACACACACACACACACACACACACACACACACACACACACACACACACACACACACAGACUUGUUUUGACCAACAACCCGUAAACAAAACACAGUGAACUGUUGAAUGGUACCCAAGUUCAUCACUAUGGCAACGAGUAAUGAAUAAACCUUUUCAGCACUCUAAUCACACACAACAGUGGGCAGAAACUGUGGCGAGUAAGAAAUGGGGACACGAUAGAAUGAGCGAGUUACCGGAAACAGAGCACAGCGCUGACCACACAGAGGAUCCUCCUGAGAGUUAUAUUAUUUCUUGCAAUGUAAAUGCAUUAAUUGUUAUUUUUGUAUUGUAAUCACAUGAUGUGAAUAAAACAAAGCAUCCAAUUUGACAGAAUGCGGCCAACAUCAAUUUGGGCCAGUAUCAUCCAAUUCAAAGCUCUAAAUAGAUUGCAUAAUGGUGUAAAGGAGUAGGAGUGUGUGUAAAUAAAUAUAUAUUCAACCUGCAUAGGCUUUUGACUGCUGUAGUUUAACAUUCAACGUUCAUCAAUAACAAUAGUCUACAUCUCUGGUAUCCAUUGUCAGAACUGAGGGUUUUCCAAGCCUCCAAUAUUUGAGGUAGUAUUGUAGAACCUCUUCUCCUACACGGUGGAGCACACGCUAGAAAUACCAUCCUCCUCAUCCCAUAAAAGUUGACUGAUCCCACCAAACUAUUUUCCAAGUAACCAACACCAGACCCGUGAUGUUGAAGGCGUAUAGCUGCUACAUCUGAUACUUUUUAGUACUAUUGAAACAUUUAGCAGAUGUUUUUAUCCCAAGCGAUUGGCAGCUGAUUAUUAUUAUUGUGCAUGUCAUUAACAGACAGAUGAGGGCUAGGGUUCUUGCCCUGGGAUGCCUACAGCUAGACUUCAG